GGUUGAUAUCCUCUGGAUGUUGGCUUGCACGUCGAGUGCGUUCGGCUGACCGUACGCGUGCUAGCUUCAAAUGGACGUUUGAUUUAAUAGGCAUAUUCUCACCAUUGUUUACACGUGUGUGCUCACCAGAGACAGAUGAGUGUCAACGGGCGAACAUGUGUGUGUGUUUGAAUGGGAGCCAGGAAAAGGGGAAGGGCCUCGAGUGAACGGACAAAAACAGCUGCUCUUGUGUGCUCGAGAAACUUCAGCCAGAAAGAGGGAAAGGAAGGAGAGGACCAACCGGGUCCAGAUCUCUAUAUGGGUUGCGCCCUGAGUGCGGAUAGCUGCGGGGACGAGCCUGAUCCGGUACCCGUAAGAGGGUCUGUGAGGAGGGAGAGAGCAGAAUCGAAAGGGAGCAUGAGAUUGACCAAGGCGGGAAAGGGCGAGCCCCACGUCUUUAAAGAGAAGACGUUCAAAAAGAAGCGCCAGUGUGGGGUAUGCAGGCAAAGCGUGGAGAAUUUGGGCUCCUUUUGUCGAGUCUGCAAAACAGCCACACAUAAGAAAUGCGAAGCCAAGAUCAACACAGCCUGUGUCCCCGCACAAUCCUCAGAAUUGCGGAGGGGUACGUCCUCCUCUAGACACAUUCAGCAUCUGGGCUCGACCAAGUCUCUGACGUACACCAAGCAGAGAAACACUCUCCCGAGGAGUUUCAGUGUUGACCGGGUGAUGGACAGAGUGAUGGAGAGACACUAUGAUUUCGACCUCACCUACAUCACAGAGCGGAUCAUCUCUGUGUUUUUCCCCCCUCUGCUGGAAGAGCAGAGGUACCGCCUCAAUCUCAGAGAGGUGGCGUCCAUGCUCAAAUCAAAACACCAGGACAAGUUUUUGUUAUUCAAUCUGUCCGAGAGAAGACAUGACAUCACUCGUUUAAACCUGAAGGUUCAUGACUUCGGUUGGCCAGACAUGCACGCCCCUCCGCUCGAUAAGAUCUGCGCGAUGUGCAAAGCUAUGGAGACCUGGCUGAACUCCGACCCCCAGCAUGUGGUCGUCCUGCACUGCAAGGGCAAUAAAGGAAAGACAGGAGUUAUUAUUGCUGCCUACAUGCAUUACAGUAAAAUAUCAGCAGGGGCAGAUCAGGCUCUCAGCACGCUGGCCAUGAGGAAGUUUUGUGAAGAUAAAGUGUCAUCUUCUCUGCAACCCUCUCAGAACAGGUAUAUCUACUACUUUGGAGGGCUUCUCUCAGGGGCCAUCAAAAUGAACAGCAGUCCUCUCUUUCUCCAUCAGGUCCUAAUUCCGACCAUCCCAAACUUUCAAGAAGAUGGAGGUUUCUUCCCUUUUCUGAAGAUCUAUCAGUCCAUGCAACUCGUCUACACAUCUGGCAUAUAUGAUUUGCAGGGUUCUGGAAGCCGAAAGCUGAUUGUUACUAUUGAGCCGGCACUCCUGUUAAAAGGAGACAUUAUGGUAAAAUGUUAUCACAGACGUGUUCAGGCUGCUGAGAGGGACACAGUUUUUCGACUUCAGUUCCACACAUGCACCAUACACGGAGCUCAGCUCUGGUUUGGCAAAAGCGAGCUGGACGAAGCCUGUUCAGAUGAUAGAUUUCCUUCUGAUGCCAUAGUGGAGUUUGUGUUUUCAUCUGGACCAGAGAAGAUCAAAGGUAGAGCGAGCCAGAGGAAUGAUCCAUCUGUGAGUGUGGACUACAACACAAAUGACCCUGUGGUGCGCUGGGACUCUUAUGAGAACUUCAAUCAAAGACACCAGGACAGCCUAGAUGAUAUCGCACACACCAAAGGACCUCUUGACGGGAGCCUGUACGCCCAGAUCAAAAAGCGUCGAGCUGCUGGCUCCACCUCCCUUCCCUCCCCCAAUGGGAGCCCCACAAGAACCUCAGAGGAGCGGCCCAGUCACCUUCUGUCUGUCAGCACUGAUUCUGGACACUCAUCUGUCCCUCCUGACCGCCUCGAUGAACCAACUCGACCGGCUCCGCCUACACAGCAGGAGAGGGAGGAGCUCGAGCGCCUACUGGGUGGAAUUGAAGGUGACGGUGUAGUAAGGGAUCGUGACCGAGAGACGGCCAUUUUGGAUGAUGGUGACUCCUUGCCUUCUGAACGGACUGGAUCAUUAAGGUUAAACCGUUCAUGUUCGUGUCGGGUGGGCUAUCGUUCCCAGCGUUGCGUGGAGCCUGGUUGCGAUGGACUUCACCAUUUAUCCAAUGGAUACUGCCUCGAUCGUCCCACCACCACCAAUGGACACACUGGGACGUCCUCUCCAAGUAUGUCAUCCGUCAUAGGGCUUUGCCAACACCACAGUGCUCAUCCUCUCCAGUCGCUGCCACCUCCAGACCUUCUCUGGGACCGCCAACAAGGUCCACAACACUACCUUCAUCGCACUUGCUCAGAGGGUCCCUCACGUCACCUCUGUCCAUAUCCUUCCCAAGACAUCGGCCCACAUCCACAUAGUAUGUCUCCCAAUGGCCGACUGCUUUGCAGGGCUGAUGACUACAUUCCAUACCCUCAGCACCACUACAACCAUCCACACCAUCCCAAACCCACUGGCCCCUACAAUGAUGUCAUGAUGCUGGAUGGCCUUGUGACCCCUGGUUGCCCCUGUCGGGAUUGCUGUCUUCGCCGGGAAGAGUUCCACGCCCUCCGAUUGGACAGAGAGGAGGGACUGCACUGGGAGAGGGAAGCAGAGCUCCACCGGGAUGCUAGUUUAAGGCGAGGCAGAGAGUCUGACAUCCCGAGAGGGGCGGAGUUAUGGGACCGCGAGGCAGGGCUAAGGAGGGGCCGAGAAAUGCCACUCCACUGGGACAGAGAUAGAGAAGCAGAGCUACAAUGGGAGAGAGAACGAGAGGCAGAAUAUUGGCACAGAAGGGCCACGGUAUCCCCCUAUGGGCCCCACGGUCACGACUUACCGGCGUUUAACUUCGAUCCCCUCCCCGCUGGCCACCCCGCAUACCCAGAACCCUCCCGGUCUCACUCACACGCCCAUCUGGACCUCAAAUACAGCAGCAGCUCCAGUGGGUACCAGACAGCGCACCCGACAUGCCCCUGUUCACCCUACCAGCCGUCACCUUCCGAGAGCCGUGGAUAUGCAUCAGGUUAUCAGUCCGAGUCUACGUCACCCCUGCCCCCUACCUCUGCCGCUUGCCCUGGUCCAACACACCACGCCAGCGGACCUACAGUCAACCAGACGGACCCACACCCUCAACAAUACACUUCUGACACAAAUACAGAUUGCACUGGUGCAGAUAGCAUAGGCUGGCGUAGUCACGUUACCCAUGGUUCUCUGCGGCGGACACAUCAGGAUCCACAUGCUACAUGUUCCACACCCUCAGAGGUUUCAGGACCCCCAACACCAGUCCACACCAGCAGCCCAUUACGAACCCAGGAGAGCCCUGGCCGUGUCCGUGAGUAUGAUGUCAGAGAAGUGAAAAUCGAAAGCAAUUCGUCCCACCCUCAAAACAGGCCACACCCACCCGACCAGCAAUCCCACAGUACCAAUCAGGUGCCUCAACAAACUAUCCUUCCACCUGAGACACACCCGUUCCCACCCACCACCCAGCAACUCUCCACCCACUCCCCGCCUACGACACCCCAAACCCCAUCAAUUUCCACCACACAACCACAAUCUGAAUCCACACAACCACAGACAAACUGCCCACCUGCUGCUGCUACAGCGCCUCCCAGAGGAGAAAUCGUACCUUCACCUCAGAUAGCGCAACCAACUGAGACUGUUACACAAGCAGCCCCAAUUUCUGUUACUCCAACAACACAAUCGCCCUCCACUCCCAUCCCUGAUGAAUCCAACACGCCUCACUUACAGAGCAACGGUCUUUCGCAAUCUCCUGAACCAGAUAUCCCUAAACCUGCUUCGUCAUCCCCUGAAAGCCCUAACCACGAGAGUCCUGAACCCCCAGUUCCUGGAUUUGCAACUCUGGGCAGGAAGCUAAUGUUGGGUACUGAAACCUCAAUUCCAGCAGGACACAUGCAGAUGUGCCCCAAUAUGGACGCAAGCCCCAAUACGACUCCAACGUUCCCGGUUUCUCCAACAGGCUAUACCCCAUCUCCUCCACCAGGAUCCUAUUCAGGGUCUCCAGCUGUUGCCGUUCCACAACCUCCCCUUCCUGAGAAGCGUCGCCCAUCUGGCUUGUCAGGCUCACCCAAUGGAAGGUCAGGAACCCUCAGGGCGUCUUUAGGUCAACCGUCUUCUGGACAGCACCACGUUACGUUCUCCCCUUCAGUCGGGGAGCUUACCGUGCCUGGACAGGAAGAUGUUAGUGUGGAAGGCGAUGGUCGUGUCAGUGUGAAAUUUGUGCAGGACAGCUCGCGGUUUUGGUAUAAACCCGGCAUCUCCAGAGAGCAAGCUAUAGCAGCACUGAAGGAAAGAGAGCCAGGGGCUUUUCUCAUUCGAGACAGCAACUCUUUUCAGGGUGCUUACGGCCUGGCUUUGAAGGUGGCCAGCCCACCCCCCAACAUCAACAACCACAGCAGCAAAGGUGGUGAUCCUCUGGAUCAGCUGGUGAGACAUUUCCUGAUCGAGACCGGACCGAGAGGAGUAAAGAUCAAGGGCUGUCAGAAUGAGCCUUACUUUGGGAGUCUAUCAGCACUGGUGUAUCAGCAUUCCAUUACACCCAUCUCUCUGCCCUGUGCCCUCCGCAUCCCAGAGAAAGACCCAAUAGGAGACGUCCAAGAGGUUCAGCCUGCCAGUAAUAUGAGCACAGCUGCAGACCUUUUGAAACAGGGAGCAGCCUGUAAUGUGUUAUACCUGAACUCGGUAGAGACUGAGUCACUAACUGGACCCCAGGCCAUUGCGAAAGCAACAGGGGCCACAGUAUCACGUAACCCCCGGCCGUCUGCGACAGUGGUCCACUUUAAAGUGUCAGCGCAGGGCAUCACACUCACAGACAGCCAACGCAGGGUGUUCUUCAGAAGACAUUAUCCCAUCAACAGUGUGACAUACAGCAGUCUGGACCCACAGGACAGAAGGUGGACUAACACAGACAGCACGACCUCUAAAGUAUUCGGUUUUGUUGCCAAGAAGCCCGGGAGCGUGGCGGAAAACGUGUGCCACCUUUUCGCAGAGCUGGAUCCCGAACAGCCGGCGACUGCCAUCGUCAACUUUAUAAACAAGGUUAUGCUGGCACCACAGAGACGCUAGAGCUGUGGAGAUGAGGAGCAAAGAUGAUUUUCGGGCACACACUGCCUCAUGGUUUUAAGAUGGCUUUGCGCACCUUUGUUUAAAUGACGACUAAGUUUAAGGGCUUCAACACUGUCUUGAAUUUUGUUAUACCAAAACAAAUUUAAACCAAAACUUACAGAAUGUAACUACCAAGUAAACCGUCAUGAAGAGAUAUUUUUGCAUUUAAAGGAUGAGUUAAGCUCAUGUAGCACCAAGAUUGCAACAUGAUGGUGUGUUAGCAUCAAAACACAUACAUGUAUCUAUCUAUGAAGCACUGUUACUCUUCCCUGAAUAAAAUCAGUCUUGUAUAUAUACGCUAUUAGAUGCUAUGACAAUCAUCGGUAAAUAUAUCAAUGUCAGAUUGUGUUCAGUAAUUCGAUGUUUUACUGUAAGUUAUUGGUCAAAUAUUAUAUCAGCAGCCAUGUGCUACUAUCAGAAAAAGGAGUGCUGCAGUUUUUCAAUCUGGCCCACGGUGUCAGCGAAUGACAGCGAAAGUUACAAAGUGUUUGAGAUGGAGAUACAGACGGAGAACCAGACAUGGUGUAAUGAAAAGCUGAGCAGGAGUUCCAGUAUAAAGAGGAUUUUAAUGUCAUGUAGUGGAAGGCUGAUGGUUAUGUGAUUUAUUACGCAGAGAGAAUUUGGUUAACUUUUUAAAGUGCACUAUUAUAAAUAAAGCUUCAUAAAAGGUUCCUUCGGGCUAUAUGCUUCCAUCAAGAACCUUUCCACAAACACUUCCUUGUAGUGGAAAACCCAGGUCAAAAUAAAGUAUACUUGAAUGUACUAAAAAUAUACUUAAAGGUGCCAUAGAAUGUAAAAGUGUAUUUAUCUAGGCAUAGAUGAAUAAUAAGAAAUUCCGUACAUGGUAAUGACAUAUCGUAAGCCUUAGACAUGAUUGUUUUCUCAUUCUUAUGUAAACCUUGUGCAUGCUAAAGACAGCUGGAAAACAGAUAAAGUCUGUUUACACACACACAGAGCUACUGAAAUGAACUGCUCUAAUGCUGGAUUCACACCAAACGUGGUAGAGGCGGCAAAAAUUCGCACGUAGUUGGACGCUUGAACAUUUUGAGUUUAUUCACUUUGACUGUGGGUUCACAUCAGACGCGAGUUCAACGAUUUGCGCGAGUAGAUUACAUACAAAGUCAAUGCAAAGACGCGAUCAGACGCGUCCUUGCGUUUGGGCGAUGCGAAUGACGCAAUAUAGGUGGCGCGUUUGCCACAAACACACGUUAUUCGCCUCAAACGUUGCUUCGCCCAAGUUAAAAAUAUUCAACUCAAGCAAAAAAUUUGCAUGACACGAAGUUAAAUCCCGCGAGUAAUCUAGACCAGUAAUUCUUAAAGUGUGGUCCAAA